GUUAAAGUUUGGAUACUGAAACAUAGGAGUGAAGUUUGAACAUUCUAGCCAAACCAUCUUCUUCCUGUGGAAUCGAAAAUGCAGCAGGCUGGAACCUCGGGCUCCGAAGUGGAGGUAACAUGGGAGGAUCAGCAGAAUAUUAACAAAUUUGGCAGAUUGAAUAAUCGUCUUCAUGAACUCCACGACGAGAUCAAGAUUGCUAAGGAAACAUGCGAAAAUCUUGAGGAUGCGAGCAACGAGCUAAUUCUGACCGAUGAAGAGAUAGUGCGGUUCCAGAUAGGGGAAGUUUUUGCUCACGUACCAAAGGAAGAAGUGGAGAGCAGGAUAGAGAAUAUGCAAGAGGUUACUGCCAAGAACUUGGAGAAACUAGAGGAAGAGAAGGAAUCAGUAGUUUCUCAGAUGGCUGAACUGAAGAAGAUAUUAUAUGGGAAAUUCAAGGAUUCAAUCAAUCUCGAGGAGGACUAGUAAAAUUUCAUAAGUUGUGCUUACUGCUGAAGUGUGCAACUUCGUUUGAAUUUGCUUUUUGUUGAAGGGUGUUCUCUUGAUUGGAUUUUUCCAUGUCUCGUGUCUUCAAUAGUUGAGAGUUUAAUUCCUCAACAACAUUUUAAACAUGCAGGUCUAUGUUUUCUGCUCCUUUUCUUUUCCCUCUUUCUUGGAGGUGAUUCUAUCAGCUCUACUUUUAUUUCAA